UGCAGAGAUGAGUGUCGUAUCGAAGUCUCGCUUCAUAUUCCUGAUCAGUUCGUCGCUGCUGGCCCUGCUGGCCGUAGCCAUUAUAACCAGCUGUUUGUUCUCGGUUAGUUUUCGCUACAUCACGGACCACGAGCAUCUGAAAGGCACACGAUACUACGGCUUGAUACGAUACUGUUUCGAAUCGCAGUUUGGCCGCUACGGCACAGACGACUCGAUGGCUGACGUCUGCUAUCUGCGAUCCGCUGCUCCUAGGUAUCUGACGAAAAUCGAGUACAAGGCAAUGUAUGGAGAUUUCGAGCUGGCUACAUUGAUACUACUGUCAUGUGCAAUAGCAUGUAGUCUUCUCGCGAUAUGCUUUGCGAUAUGCAGCAUUUUCACUCCAUUUGGUGCUCUCGCUCAUUGCGUGAUGUUACUUGCGGCCGCAAUCUGCUCAGUGUCAGCCUUCAUUGUCUAUACGUAUUUCAACGAACUAAAGGAUAACCAGAACGAAACCGUCAAUGGAAACAUCAUACGAUAUCACUUCGGAUGGGCGUACUAUUGGAGCGGAGGAGCGGCGGCAUGCUUGUUCUGCUCCUUUAUUUGCAGCCUGUUCGCCGCCGUUUUUGUCCUAGUGCAUAAGCAACAAAGGGACAAAAUCGACACAGUUGUUUUAUAAUAAAGCGUGAUAUGUUGUGAUCAACAGCCGAAAUCUUUCAAUCGAUUCACUUCCUCAUUAACCAUGUUGUAACGGAUCUUUCAUAACGAAGGCUUUAUUUGUGCCUUAAAAGUUCAGGCCAAUUCACAGCCAAACAUUCCCAGUGAUCUGAUAUAUUUGCCUCAAGA